AUGUCACGGCCAUUGAUGAAAUCGCUGCCGAAGAACUUUCGGGGCAUCCAGAGACUCAAUUUCAGUUCGACGACAGCGGCAAGGGCAGACUUUACUCAUGCGAUCAUCGGUGGUGGCGUAGUCGGGCUUGCUAUUGCCCGCCAGCUCUCCCGCCGCGACAACACCUCGACCGUUCUGAUCGAGCGGCACAACGCCGUUGGCACCGAGACGAGCUCCCGCAACAGCGAGGUCAUCCACGCAGGCAUCUAUUACGGGCCCGGUAGCCUCAAGACGCAGCUCUGCAUCCGCGGCAAGAACCUGCUCUAUGAGCUCUGCGAGAAGUACGACGUGGGCCUCCGCCGCACGGGCAAGUGGAUCGUCGCGCAGAACGAUGCCCAGCGCGAGGCGCUUGGCAAGAUUCACGCCGUGUGCAAGGACGAGCUCGGCGUGCCGAUUCGGUGGGUUGGCGAGGAGGAGAUUGAGCGUGACAGCGAGGGAGUUCAUGCUGUUGCUGCCCUAGACAGCCCGACGACGGGCAUUGUCGAUUCUCACGGGCUGAUGAUGUGUCUGCUGGGCCUCUUCGAGGAUGCGGGCGGCGUAGCAGCGCUUAACUCGCCCGUCACCGGCAUCAAACCCCUCGGGGCCACGCCUGGAAGCGCAGGAUGGCAAGUCCAAGUCAAGGACGCCGCGACAGGCGAAACAUCCGCCAUCACGGCGGAGACGCUCAUCAACGCAGAAGGCCUCGGCGCCGUCGACAUGCACAACCUGAUCGUCCCCGCCGCUCAGCACAAGCAGCUGUACUACGCCAAGGGCAACUACUUCUCGUACGGUGCCUCGAGCCCGCGCGUAUCCCGCCUCAUCUAUCCGGCCCCGGAACCUGGCGCUGCCGGCUUGGGCACGCACCUGACGCUGGAUCUCGGGGGCCGUCUGCGCUUCGGGCCGGACGUUGAGUGGGUCGAUCGCCCCGAUGAACUUACCGUCAACGGCUCCCGCCUCCCGCAAGCCAUCAGCGAGAUCAAGAAGUAUCUGCCUAGUGUGGAUGAGACGCUGCUGGUGCCCGACUACGCUGGCAUUCGACCCAAGCUGUCUGACCGGGGCGCGGUCCUCAAGGGGAAGAGCUUCAACGACUUCAUCAUUCGGAGCGAGGAUGGAUAUGAAGGUUGGGUAAAUCUGUUGGGUAUCGAGAGCCCCGGCUUGACGAGCUCGCUGGCAAUCGCAGAAAGGGUCGAGGAGCUCAUGUACGGCACUGUGAGGGCAUAA